CAUGCUGGCGAGACAUUUUCAGGUGGAUUAGAUUUUAAUGGAGGUUCGUUUAUAUUUUCAGUAAAUUUCUGUUAUAUUCAUAAUAUAAUUUUAAUAUAUAGUUUAGUAUUUUCUUCCAGUUAAUCUAGAAGUGACACGAAUUUGAUAUUUCAUUUUUCAGUUAACUUUGAUAUAUUUUUUUUAUAAUAUGUUAAUUACAUAUACAACAUUUUCUCCCCGUGUUAAUGCAUCUGUAAAUGAAUCGAGAGGGAACGAUGCUCAUGUUAUGGGAUCAAAUCAAAAUGAAGAAUCUCAAGUGCUUAAAGCUACAAUUAGAUUUGUUGAUGUUGAAAAUUUUGAAAGAGUAUCAAGUAAAAUAGAUGAAGAUGUUGCAGGAAUUGCUAUUGAAAAAGUUCUGUCAGAGGUUGUUGCUGAUAUAAAUGUCCAAGAGGCUGCUGAUGUGAAUACAGUUGGGGCGAAACCUGAUGAUGCAACAGAGGAUUGUCAAAAACCUUUGCAUACUUUUGAUGACUUUAUUUUACUUGAUAAAGAUCUUUCUCAGAUCAAUAGGACUGAAGAAUCUUAUCUAAAAAAAAGAGCCCAAGUUGAUCAAAACAAAAGAAAGUGUCACCGAAGAAACAUGGCAGAAAGAAAAAUCCAGGAAAGUUAAUAACAUCUUCCUUCACACAACAUUUUGAAUCUGGAGGAACUUUAUGUGUUGUACGUCAGGUUUUUGAGACAAAACAUCCUUUUUUAUAUGCAACCGGAGGAGAUUAUGAAUCUAAUUUGAUCGAUUCAUUCACUAAGUGGCUUUACACGGGUACAAAAAAGAGGUAAUUUAUUUUGAUGUUUUUGGGAUAAUUUUCCUAAUUCAUAAUAUAUACAAGCUUAAUUCAACUUGUGGAACGCUCUGUACCUCUUUUUU